AGGUGUGAGUGACCCUUACAUCCCACAACAAAGAUGGCGGCUACUGUGACACUCCAGGUCUACUUCAGGUCUAUUUUCUUCACUAACAACGGUGUUUUGAGAUCAUUUCAGAGAAAAUCCUGGAGGCAUUGUAGUACAAGUGUCAAUAUAUAUAAUGAUCGUGAUCCAGCACCGGUAUUUUUCAGUGAAAAUGUUCAGACGAUAUUGAAGAAAAUUACUGGGACGGACUUCAACAAAGUGUUUAGGCAAAGGUUUGACGAGAAGAAACUUAGUCCACCUGAAUAUAAAUUCAUGACAGAUGAAGAACUUAAACAGAAAAUGAAAAAUGCAGAGAGACUCUCGAGUAAAAUUCUUCAGAUGCCUCCGGUGUUGAAGGAACGCCAGGCCAUUUCUAACAUCUUAUCAAGAGAUCCCGCCAUCACAGGAUUUGAAAAUUGCAAAUUUGUUUUCACAGACAUUACUUAUGGAUUGCCUGAUAGGAAACGUCUUGUUGUCGUGAGAGACCCCGAUGGAACACUUCGUCAAGCAUCAUGGGAAGAGGCAGAAAGGAUGAACCAGAUAUACAACCCACGCCCUGGUCGCAAGUUGAAGCCACCGAAACUCUUCCAGGAAGAACAUCUUACGAAUGUGCUAGAGAGAGGAGAGUACGAGUUUGUGUUGGACUCUGCCUGCGCACAGUUUGAACCAGAUGACCCAGAAUACCUUCGCAUUACCAGUGUGGUGUACGAGUCAGUCGAUAAAAAGCGUUGCUACCAGCUGUUGCAUUCUACCCGUCACUAUGGCCCGCUGUGUUUUUAUCUAACGUGGAAUAAAAAGAUUGAAAACUUGUUAAUCAGUCUCGUACAACAAGAAAAGCUGGAAGCAUGUGCAGACAUAGUGCGACUGUAUCAGCUUAUCCACACCGAUUGCAAGUCAAAAAUGAUAAACGUGGAUCCCAAUCAGCACUUGGAGUUGCUUAAGGCAUACGUGGAGCAUGACUCUCUUCAGCAGCAACAAUUACAACUGGCCAUACAAGCCUACCAGGAAAUCGUUCGUGAGCGUCAGCAGUACAAUGAGAAUGUCAAGACCGCUCAUGGCUUGUAGGUACGAACUGCACUACUCGAUAACACACACGGGUUUAAUGUUCUCUUGUAAAUAUAGUAAUCUAAGAAGCUGUGACAUAUUGAAGUUGUUUCUGCUGGGUUAAAAUUCAGGGUUUUCUUGUCAAAUUGUAAUACUCUGAAUACACUUAUAAAUCAUUGAAGAAAAGCUAGUUAAAUAAAUACUGAAAAAUGUCAUCACUACUACCGUAUAUUAUUUAACCUAAUGUUAGAAGUUGUGAAUAAUUGUGGUCACAGUAGUGUAGUUGCAACAGUCGUAGUCACAAUACUGUGGCUGCAUUUUAUUAUAAUCAAGGGGGAAGCGCUAAACCCGGAGGAUUAUACAGCGCCUGGGAUGGGGGGGGGAGAAUGUGGAAGAUAUUCAGGGAACUGGAGCACAGAUCCAAUUCCCUAAAUCAAGAGCCCCUCACCAACAUCAAGGAACCUUCCUUGAGAGGACUGUGGCUGCAACAGUACCACAAGUAACACAAAAAAUGGGGAUAAAUAUUUCAAUUCUGGGUUGGUCCUGGACCAUUAUUAACUUAAGAGAGGGAGGAAGACUGACGUAAGAUCAGGUAUUCUCACCUCUCGCUCUUGCCUUUUCCUCAGGACUGACCAAAAUAUUUAUCUCCAAUUCAUGCACUGAAUGAAGAAUAAUGUCCACUACUUGUGGACAUUAUGGACUGGGACCAGGUCCUGUCCCACCUCCAGCACUGCUGCCAUGCAGCAAAAGCUGCAUAUUCAAGAGAUAUAGUUAUUUUACUGUUCAACUAUUAAGGGACUAACAACUUCACCAAUGCUCCCAUGUAAGAUAAAAUAAUUAUGAGUCACCCUCCGCCUCGGUGGAGGAUGAUCUCUAUGUUGAAAAAAGAAAUUUGUUUUGAAAGAAAAGUCAAGUUCAUUAUUAGUCUGCAAGUUUUACUACCCAAUAUGACCUACUUAGGUAUUGAGCUGAAGGAUAAAAACUUCCUAGUGGCCUUGCAGUAGUCAAAAAUGAACUUCUUGGAUGGGAAAAUCAGUUUAAAUCAUUUAUAAAUUUAUCUUUGACCAAAAAUUAUGCACUAUAAACUUAAUUUUGUGGUGUCCAUUUCAUAUUUCUGAAAAUUCUGUAAAAAUAUUUCCAUGGUGGCAUUCAUCAGCACCACCAGAGAUAUUAAAUCUAGUUGAAAAAAACUUUGUAAUUAAGUUCAUCAAGGACUUUUAUCAAAUAUUAUUUAGCUUCAUAUUGGUCCAGAAUUGAGUGAAAAUCUUUUCUUUCAUCUUCAGUUUAGGUUUCAUUACUUAAUUUGUAAUUAUACUGAUAAUGGUCAUUAUCUUGAUGACCGGUUUGUACACUUGGCACUAAGUAGAUACCUGGACGUUAUCAUUAAACUUGUUCACGUGGCUGUUAGACUGUUGUGGAUGGGAUCCUAGAAAAUAAGUCAAUUAAGCCACAUUGCUUGGAUUACUAACCCUAUGGUGUUGUAAUCCAAAUAGUCUUCUUUUAUAUCUAAUGUUAUUCACAUUGUCUUCAUAACUUAAGUGGUGUAUAUUCAUGGUCAUGUACCCAGGACAUUUUUGAUGCUGGCUGCACCAGUUCAAAGUAGACACAACAGCCCAGAUGAUCAUUAAGUAGCUAAAGAAAUUUGAUUGUUUAACAUUUCUUUGUCAGGAUAAUUAAAUAUUAACCAUUUAGAAUUCUUUUUAUUGUCUUUUGUGUGCACCAUUUAUAAGUCACCAGGCUGUCAAGAUUUGGUGUCAGCACAAAGCAAGGUAGUCACAAAAACAAAGAAACACUGCUGAUUUAGUAUUAAAUCUUUCAUUUAAGUGACAACAAAAGCUUGGGGAUAUUACGCUAUCACUUUAUUACACGUGGAAUGUAUUUUAGUAAUUACACUACAGCAUCUCGCUUGUAAUCAUUUUUCCUGUCUUAGGAAGACUGGACUUGAAGUCAAAAAUUAAGCCACAGAAUAAAAAAAAAAAAAAAAGUCAUACUGAAGGAUUCUUGUGGUACUAAUAUAUACAACACUUGCACAGAAAUAAAGGUUUUCAGCAAAACUAAGUAUAGUCUAAUGCAAUGGAUGGAAUAAAUUAUAUAGGUUAACAUGACAAUGUAUCACAGGUUCUGUGAAAAUCAGAUGUCAAAACAUCAUUCCAUAAAAUAGAAAUGUAUAUAUUUUCUGGAAUAUUGUGUUGAUACCAUAAAAUAAUUCCCACUAGUCACCAGUUUUUCUAUCACCAUUAAACUAAUGUGAUAAUCACAUUUUCAGUCCCACUUUUAACAUGAAAUUUGGGAAUGCACUGAAGAAAAUGUCAUUAAAUUAUACAUUAAUAAUCAUAUGUACUGAGGUGAGAUUAAAAAAAAAUUAACAUCUCCAUAACAGUUUAUCAGAGACAGUCCAGGCAUAACUUAGUUUCUUGAACAUAUGAUCUAAUAAAUAUAUUCACAAAACUAAUUAUAAGAAAAACGAGUAAAAUUAUAUUAACAGUAUAUAUACACACAAACCAUUGUGAAAACAAAAUUUAUGGACUUUACAUAAAUAUUUGUCGGUACAAAUGUGGAAAGACUCCGACCUUUAUUCUGGACCAUUUCAUCUAAUUUAUUAAUCAACGUUGCAGAAGCAUUAAUACAUAACAUUGUUUUGCAAAUUAAACUGUUAGCACAUUAAUAUUAUACAGUUGACAUGUGUUGAUAGUUUUUUAACCAUGAAGAGAAUUGAGGUGCACAGAAGAAUGUAUGGGGACUCUAAACCUGGUUCAUACAUGUAGCCGGCCAACCACUCAGUCACAGCUGCCAAGUGGUUACACCAUCGAGACUGCUAUAUGUACUGACUAGUUUGAGCCCCUCUCCAUUCUGAUUUUUUCUCUCUAUAUAAAGUAUUAUCACAUCGUGCUAAAACUCAAUCUAAAGCAAUACAUCAUAAUAAAAGUGUCCUCUGCUCCUUUGUCUUUUCUUUAUUACUGUUGCCAAGUGUUAGUAUAGUAAACUCUAUCACAACAAGAAAUGUGAUAGAAAAAAUGCAACCAAAAUUUUGUACCUCACUAAAAAUCUUGAUAUUACAUUCUGUAAAAUGGAAAUCAGGUUACAUGCAAAUUUGAAUACUAUGCACUGGAAUUUUUUACAUGUUUUGAGCCACUGUUUAUCAAAAGAUUUCUUCUUCGCUUCUUUUUUAUUAUAAUUAUCAAAAGAUUUUAUUUUCAUCUCAGCAUCACUAACAUGGCAUGUUAGCAAUGCUAGAGGUGAAUGUCUGACAGUAUUGAAGAAAGUGGAAAUUUUAGAUAUGCUUUAAGCUGGUGAUGCAUACUGCUGACACUUUUAUUCUGAGAAAAUCAACUAUUUGUACAAUUAGAGACAAUAAAAACUUGUGGUUUGCUGGGAAGAAUAACACAACUAAGUACCACAUGUUACUGAACGUGUCAAUUAAAUACAAAGACCUCAUUAAGUCGUGAAUAAUAAGGCACAAAGCCCUGUGUGAGAGAAGGAAGAAUCUUAGCAACAGUGUAGGAUGAUUUGAAAAAUUUUUUCAAACCCCAUUCAGCUUAAUAACCUUAAGUUUAGUUAAACUGUAAUAACUUUUACUUAGAUUGAUAUUUGGAGGUGUCUAGAAUAUAAUAUUAUUUUUGUAUGUGAUCUACAAUUUACACAAUGCUAUAUAUUUCUGAAGGUGCAAAUUUUCAAGAACAUAACCCAUGUGUUAUGAGAGAGUUUACUACAUAUCAUUUUCAAAGCUCAUAAAUUAUAUCUUGUGUGAGCACAUUUUCAACAUGUGCACGUCACUUGGGCUUAAAAAUUCACUUCAGACUUACACGACUUAAUAUUAGGAUUACAUUUAGCACCACUAAAAUUCUUGGUUCACUGUGUUAUCAGUGACCAGGAUAAUUGUCUGGACUGACUGAUUGUUGCAGUGUCUUCAGGUUGCAUCAGCUCAUACAUUAUUGCAAAAAAAUAUAUCUCAGACACAGGUGCAAUGUACAAGAAAUUUAUUUGCCUUCAAAUUUACAAUAGAAUUAGAGUUCAAUAAUUAAUAUCCUAUAAGAAUAUACUAAAAGUGCUAAACACAAAACUUAUUCCAUUCAAGCGCUUUGCACAGAAGUGCUGUAUUCCAA